AUGGGACUUUUAGAAGAUGAUGAAGAAUGGAUACAAUGCUUGAAAGAGGCUGCAGUCAUAAAAAUUGGAUAUCAAUUGAGGAGAUUGUUUAGUAUUAUUCUCACCCAGUGCUCUAAUGAGGCACAACAUGCAGAUCCACAAAUUACUAUUGAUUGUCUCAAUAAUGGACAACGAAAUACUUAUAAUACAAUCACUUCUUCAGUUUUUCAAAAUAAAGGAACUGUUUUCUUUCUGAAUGGGGGUGCAGGAACAGGGAAAACAUUUCUAUACAAUACGAUUGCAUUAAAAUGUCGUAGCCUUGGGCAUAUCGUUGUUACUGCGGCUUCGUCUGGAAUUGCAUCACUGCUACUAGUAGGAGGUCGCACUACACAUUCAACAUUUUCUAUUCUGUUAGAUGUCUUGGAAAAUUCACUUUGUGGGUUUAGCAAACAAUCAUUACAAGCUGAGUUAUUUAGAAAAACAAGACUCAUAAUUUGGGAUGAAGUUCUUAUGCAACAUAGACAUUAUGUUGAGGCGGUUGAUCGUACAUUGAUGGAUAUUUGUGAUAGUGAAAAGCCAUUUGGGGGUGUUACUGUUGUUCUUGGAGGAGACUUUCGACAAAUCUUACCAGUUAUACCCAAAGGAGUUCGUGAGCAAAUUGAUUGGACCGAAAAAUCUAUGGAGCUUAAAAGGAGAAAUACGACUACCUUGCUUCGAUGGGGAAGUAAUAAGAUUGUUGUGCAUAUUCCUCAUUGGGGAUAUAUAAAAGUUGAUACAAAGGCUUUUUGGAAAGUAAUGAGAAGGAAGUUUGGGCAAACGCAUAUUUGA